CCGAACGAAGAUUUUAACGAUGGGUACGAUGAAAUGUGCUGUGAAGUUCUAGAAAAUGUUCAAGAUGCUGGGCUAUGCGAUAUGACAAACAAUGUCCGCGUCCGGGCACCUGGCGAAAAAGAAAUAGCUCCUGGAAUAUUUGUACCUGACAUACCAGCAGGGCCCUCUCGGCAGUAUGUGAAUAAUUUUCCGGGCGAGGAUUUUAACGAUGGGUACGAUGAAAUGUGCUGCGAAGUUCUAGAAAAUGUUCAAGAUGCUGGGCUAUGCGAUAUGACAAAUUCUUAUAUGACUACGGUAGGAAGAAAGCGCGUACACGUAGAAAAUACAGUAUCCCGUAUUAAAUCUAAAAAAGCUCGUAUGGAUAUGGUUAAUACACCGGGUUUCGCUGAGGUUAAAUCCGCACAUAGUCGAAAAAUCGUAUGGUAUUAUGCUAAAAAUCUGAAUAAUUAUGAAAAUUAUAUUUCAUUUCUCGAUAAUUUAAAACCUGGGCUUGUCCGAUUAUUAAGGAGAAUUGUAGUUGUGAAUCCGAUAAAAUUUAAUUUAAAACUUGAAGCCACUUAUAACCAAACGCGUGUAGAUAACUCAUCGCAAAAUAGGUCAUUCAAGACAUCGGCCCAAGAAAUUUUUAUCGAUUCUGAUAUAGUUUCAUUAAUAGAGCAGGCGUUCACUACGUUAUUGCACGAGGAGGAAAUUUAUGUUGCAAAGGGUAGUAGAUAUGUAUUAGAAUCCAUUGACGGGCUUUUAUUAACAGUAUACAAAUAUACGCCUAUGGGUGGCUCAUCUUAUAUUCAGCUCCCUUUUUCAAUCAAAAAUAAACGGGCGACGAUCAAUCCGCAAAAUAAUGAUCAGCAUUGUUUUAAAUGGUCCAUUCUGGCGAGGCACGUGACAGGUGCAAAUAAACAUCGUGUAGGCGAAAAUUAUUUCCGACAUGAAGACAAAUAUAAUUUUACAGGCUUAUCAUUCCCAACACCGUGGAGUGAGGUUAAAAUUUUUGAAAAAAAUAACCCGACAGUCUCUGUAAAUAUUUACGGAGUUAAAAAAAUAUCUCAGUCUUCGUCAAAAAAUCCGAAUCAUCACAUAUUUCCAUUAAAAGUAGUAGAUAAUGAAAAAGCCGAGCAUUUCGACAUCAUUUUAUUCACUGCCGGAGAAAAAAGUCACUACGUAUAUAUUUCUAAUUUUUCACGCUUAAUCCGCUCGCAAAUAACAUUACACGGUCAUUCAGUUUAUUUCUGCAAACGAUGUUUCACAUCGUUUGACAAACAAAAUUUAAAAUAUAAAUUAAGUGGGCAGCUAGCACUUCAGCAGCAUAAAUUAAUUUGCGGAUCUCAUAAACCUAUUCUACCCAUAAUGCCCGAUGUUGACACAUUGCUAGAAUUCGAUAAUUGGCGACAUGCUCAACGACACCCAUUCACUAUUUACGCGGAUUUUGAAGCUCUACUGGUGAAAACUAAUGAGAAAAGGGGGGAACACACGACUGUAAUACAUAACCACAAACCUAUGAGUUAUGGGUUUUUAGUUAAAGCGUCCGAAGAAGUUCCACUAGAGCUUAUCCAGCAAUUCAAUAUACCAACUGCACCAGUUGUUUAUCGCGGUAGUGAUAGUCGGGAGGAUGUUGCCAGGCAUUUUCUCGAAAAUAUAGUUGAUGUAGGUCGUAAAAUUGAAGAAUUGCUAAAGACGAAUGUCCCUAUAGUUAUGAAUGACCGAGAUACGCGAAAACACAAUGAAAAUAAAAAUUGUAACUUUUGUAAACGCAGUUUCGACACAAACGAGAAAGUCCGUGACCAUUGUCACCUUACUGGUAGAUUUAGACAAUCUUUAUGCUCUCGAUGUAAUUUAAAAUUAAAACAACCGAAAUUUGUCCCCUGUUUUUUCCACAAUUUAUCUAAUUAUGACGCCCACUUUAUUGUAACUGAAUUAGGCUAUGACGCUAAUAGUAUAAAAGUUAUUGCUAAUAGCGAAGAAAAAUUUAUUUCAUUUUCAAAAUAUAUUAGUAGGACGUUUACUAUACGAUUCGUAGACACGUGCAGGUUUAUGGCAUCAAAGUUGGAUACUCUAUCCAAAAACCUUUUAACUCGAGAUUUUUCGAAAUUCCGCGAGACAGCAAAAUUUUUUGAUGCCCGGGAUAUGCCACUAGUCACCCGUAAGGGUGUAUAUCCAUACGAGUAUACGGAUGGCUGGGAUAAGUUGGACGAGCCGAGUCUACCACCAAAAGAAGAAUUUUAUAGUACGCUCAAGGAGGAGGGUAUUAAGGAUGUACACUACGAACAUGCUAUGGAGGUAUGGAGGUACUUUGAAUGCAGAACGCUGGGCGAAUACAGCGAUUUGUAUCUCAAAAUUGACGUUUUGUUGCUCGCGGAUGUUUUUGAAAAUUUCCGCGAUCUAUGCAUGAAAACGUACAAUUUAGAUCCGGCAUUUUAUUAUACGGCCCCAGGAUUCAGCUUCGAUUCGAUGUUGAAAUAUACAUCGGUGAAAUUGGAACUGUUGACCGAUUAUGACAUGCUACUAUGUAUAGAAAAAGGUAUACGCGGUGGAUUGGUGCAGGCUAGCAUGCGGUAUGCUAAGGCUAAUAACCAUAAGGUGCCUGAUUAUAACGAAACUAAACCGAAAUCAUGGCUUGUCUAUCAAGACUGUAAUAAUCUUUAUGGCUGGGCUAUGGCAGAAUGUAUGCCCUCUGGAGGCUUUAAGUGGGUUGAAGCCAAGCUCGAUGGUCUUAACGACUUGGACGACAACUCGCCGAUCGGACGGAUGUAUGAGGUUGAUGUAACGUAUCCGGCAGAACUGCAUGACCAGCAUAAUGAUCUACCAUUUCUGCCUCAAAACGGAAUACCCGAUGGCUCGAAGGUAAAAAAACUGAUGGUGACCUUCGAGUCAAAAAAAAAUUAUGUCGUACAUUACCGUAAUCUCCAGCAAGCCAUUAAAAACGGGUUGAUAGUUGAAAAAGUGCAUAGGGUCCUACAAUUCAACCAAUCACCUUGGCUUGCCGAAUUUAUAAAUUUAAACAACGAAAUGAGAAAAAAAGCUUUGAACGAUUUUGAGAAAGACUUCUUCAAGCUUAUGAAUAAUAGUAUUUUUGGUAAGACUAUGGAACAAGUUAGACGAAAGAUACUAAUGGAGCUUGUUUCAAACGAAGAUAGAGUGCAGAAACUUAUCAACUUGACCACAUUUAAAUAUGCGACACCAUACAACGAAAACCUGAGUGCUGUAACAAUGGAGAAAAAAAUUAUAAAAUUCGACAAACCUAUUUAUAUUGGCUUAGCUGUGUUGGAUAUAUCAAAGACAAAAAUGUACGACUAUCACUACAACGUGAUGAAGAGGCAUUAUGGUGAUCAAAUCGAGCUGAUGUACACUGACACCGAUUCACUGGUAUAUUAUAUCCACACUGAUGACUUUUACGAAGAUCUUGCAAGGAACGCCAAUCUACUCGACCGUAUGGAUACUUCUAAUUUACCACGAAACCAUCCGUGUUAUAUUGCUGAGAGGAAAAAGAUCCCGGGUCUAUUUUCAGAUGAGACUGACGGCCAUAUUAUGACGGAGUUUUGCGCGCUCCGUGCUAAAUCCUACGCUUAUAAAAUCCAAGGAUUGGAUGAUAUGAAUGUGAAGGAGCAGAUCCGUGCAAAAGGCGUAAGGGGUCAUGUGGUUAAGAACCAUAUGACAUUUGAGGGUCAUCGGGCAUGUUUGUUUGAAGGUAUGGAGCCGGGUGUCAAUAAUAGACAGCUGAAUAUAUGUAUACGUUCAUUCAAACAUCAAUUGACGACUGUCCAGACCAAUAAAAUAAUAUACAACAAUUAUGAUGAUAAGAGGGUGAUAUUAGAAGAUAAAUUCCAUACCCUAGCUCACGGUCAUUUUAGAAUAGAGGACGCAGAGUUGGCUGAAAUUAUGGUCGAAAACGAAUUUUAGACCUUGUGUAAAAUUUUUAAAAUACUCUGUACAUAAA